UAUGAUCAUUCCGACUGUUAGAAAUGACAGCUUAAAUUACAUUAAAUUGAUAUAAAAAGGCCUAAUCUGGAAAAAUCGUCGGUCAUUUUUUUGGGUGGUCAUCCCAGAUUAAGUAGCGUUUCCAUUAAAAACUGAUGUUCAGUGUCCGGACUAUACUUCAUCGAAUAAUGUCUUAUUUACACUGUUUUUUUGUCACACACGCCUUAUUUAAACUACUUCCGUUAUAUUCUAGAUAACUCGCUGCUGAUGUUUUCUAUUAUCACAUGAAAUAUUCUGUUUCAUAAAUAGAAGUUUUACAUACAUAUCUACCAGCAUACGUUACAUCGAAAAUAGAUGUGGGAUGAAAGGGUGCAAACAGACACAACAGUUAUACUUCCUAUGCAUGAAAAUACCAUCAAAUAUGUUUUCCCAUAAAGUUGUUUAUUAAUAAAAAAAACACGAUGAUUUAAAAAAUAUAUUUUUUAACAAAAAACUCACUGCAGACGUUUUUAAACGUAAACAAACUGUCGUUUUGAUAUGUGUUGGGAAACAUCAUUGAAACUUUAAUAAACGUUUUAGAAAGUAUCUAAUAAUGUUUUUAAGAUACUUUUUUUUUUAUUCUGUAAGAAAACAGGGGAAGUAGAGCUGUAGGAACAGUUUACAAGCCGUUCUAUUUCAUCUGGGUCUCCUUGUUUUUUUCAUUAUUUAUAGUUUUUAAUGAGAAUAAUGCCAUAAGGACUUGAACUGUUAUUAAUUUUUUGUCGAGUUCUAUUGUUUAAUUUUUCAUCGAAUUGAAUUGAAACUUAUUUUUGUACAGUCAAAUCAAAGUUUCAGAGGGAUUUUCAGAAUUUUCUUGAAUCUUCGAUUAAUCAGCUCGUGACAUUUAACUCAAGUUUUACAGAACCAUAAAAGAUAUUAUUCCUAAUGAAUAAGUGUUGGUCCUGAUCUUAUCUACUUCUACCUUGAUGAUUAGUUCAUAAUUGAUUUUAUGUUGAAAAAACCUAAGAUAGCAAAUGAAUUAUAAAUGUUUUUCUCUUUUGAAAGGAUGUUAAUUGUAAUGCCAUAUGUGACAAAGAAUAUUCUCCACAAACAGCAGCAGCAAUGAGUCAAUUAAGUGAAAAAUCACUUUCAUUUGAACUAAUUGAAGCAUUAAUAAGUUAUAUCUGUAGUUUGGGUGAUGAUGGAGCUAUAUUAAUAUUUUUACCUGGAUGGAAUUUAAUUCAAGCAUUACUUAAAUAUUUUCAACAACAUCCAAGAUUUAGUAAAUUAUUUGUUUGUUUGUCUAUUUUUUUUUUGUUUCAUUAAAUAUAUAACAAUGGCCAUAGGUAGAAAA